CAUACCCUUGCAUUCCGAUCCAGUAGAUGGCAGUAGACAAGUACACUUAUUAUCUGAAGGGAAGAAGCAGCAGUAAAUAUGGCACUGUUAUGAAUUUGCAAGACUGUCCUUUAAGUGGACUUCAAGUUUUAAACAUAGGUUGAAGGUGAACUAGUGAGUAGCUGCUUUUGUUACAUAAGAUCGAGUAAUGUAACGUUAAAUGCGUAUGAAGAAGAAAACAACCGUACCCACUUAGCAAGUCAGCUAAUACACGAGCCGACUACUGCAACUGGAAAGAAUGGUAGCGUGUAAUUGGUGAAUCUAUGAGCAGUCCAACAGUUUCAAGCAAUGGCUACCCUUUUACAUCGGUUCAGCAGACUUCGUUUAAGGUCUACUCUCCAGUUCGUCUCACAGUACCCAGUGUUUUCAACCAGAGCUGUGGAAAGUGUGAAAGGAGAGCGAGUUUUCUUCGGCUGUCAGACACUAUAUGGAAAGCACCGAUGCAUCCAUACUGUAGGCGGAGGAACCGAGAGAUCUCUCCCCAGCGCUGCGCCUCCGCGGCUCCCAUUCUCCCGCAUCACCGAGGACGACCUGGCCUUCUUCCGACAGCUGCUCCCUGACCGGGCCAUCACAGACCCUGACAUGCUGGAGUCGUGCAAUGUGGACUGGCUCAAGUCAGUGCGCGGUAAUAGUGAAGUACUCCUGAGACCCAGAACCACAGAAGAGGUGUCCCAAAUUCUCAAGUACUGCAAUGAGAGGAACCUGGCGCUGAGCCCACAGGGCGGGAACACAGGGCUGGUGGGGGGCAGUGUGCCGGUGUUUGAUGAGAUCGUCCUCUCCACGGCCCUCAUGAACCAGGUGCUGGCCUUCGACAGCGUGUCAGGCAUCCUGACAUGCCAGGCGGGCUGCGUGCUGGAGACCCUCUCUCAGUACCUGGAGGAGCGGGACUUUAUCAUGCCCCUGGACCUGGGCGCUAAGGGCAGCUGCCACAUUGGGGGCAACGUGGCCACCAAUGCUGGGGGGCUGCGCCUGCUGCGCUACGGGUCCUUGCGAGGGACAGUGCUAGGGCUGGAGGUGGUUCUAGCUGAUGGGCGAGUCCUAAACUGCUUGGCCACUUUAAGGAAAGACAACACAGGCUACGACCUCAAGCAGCUGUUCAUCGGUUCCGAAGGUACCCUAGGGGUCAUCACAGCUGUCUCCAUCCUUUGUCCCCGCAAACCUAAGGCUGUCAACGUGGCGUUCCUGGGAUGCUCCAGUUUCCAGAACUUGCUGGAGACAUUUCAGUGCUGCCGGGGCAUGCUGGGAGAGAUCCUGUCUGCCUUUGAAUUUUUAGACGCUUCCUGCAUGGGGCUGCUAGAGAAGCACCUUAAGAUCACCAACCCCAUCACAGAGUGUCCCUUCUACAUCGUCAUAGAGACGGCUGGAUCCAACGCAGUUCACGAUGAGGAGAAACUGCACAAUUUCCUGGAGAAGGUGAUGGCAUCAUCACUGGUGACUGAUGGAACGGUUGCCACGGAGGAUGUCAAAAUUAAAGCUCUCUGGUCGUUGAGGGAGAGAGUGACCGAGGCUCUCACCCAUGAUGGAUUUACCUACAAGUACGACAUCUCGCUUCCCGUGGAGAAGAUCUACCAGCUGGUCACUGACAUGAGGGAACAUCUCGGAGACCGAGCCAAGAAUGUGGUGGGAUACGGACAUGUCGGUGAUGGCAACCUACACUUGAACAUCACCUCUCCGACCAAAGACCCUGCCCUGCUGGCGGCCAUCGAGCCGUACGUGUACGAGUGGACAUCGGGCGUGCGGGGCAGUGUGAGUGCGGAGCAUGGCCUGGGGCUGAAGAAAAGGAACUAUAUUUACUACAGCAAACCGCCUGAGGCUGUGGCCCUAAUGGGGAACAUUAAGGCCAUGCUGGACCCACGGGGCAUCCUCAACCCUUACAAGACUCUCCCCGACAACCUCAACCUCCACUAACUGGCCCACAGGUGAACAGAAAAUACCUGAGCAACGUUGUCAACCCCUAGAACUACUGUCCUGACGACAGCCCCACAGGUGAAUGGAUUACACCUGAGAGGGACACAGGCCUAUGACCCAGAAGUCCAGGAAGUGACGACACUCCUUCUAGACCCAAAGAAUUACAAAUAUCUGGUCUUUGCUGAAGGGAUUGAUAGCCAGAACAUUAUUAUUAUGUCACAAAAUGAGAUGUUAAGUGUUUUUUUCUUUUAAAGUUAUGUUUUCAGGCCUUUAUUUGACAGGACAGUGAAUAGAUGGAGGAAACAGACAGGAAAUGAGGAGAGAGAUGGUUGAGUGGGUUCGGGAAAUGACCUCAGGCCAGACUUUAACCUGGGCCUCUAUGGGCACUGAGUCCGAUUGUGGUAUGGGACACUGCCGCUGCGCAACAGUUGUUUAUCAUGUCAGGCCAUGUUUGCAGGACUGUAGACCCAGUAGUGUCUUCACACUGUAGGCAUUCUAUUGACUAUUGCUCACCCUUGCUGUUUCCAGUCAGAAGACGCAGCAUUUGAAAAAAAUAAAGAACAGUUGGGGACUUGUUAA